UUUCUCAACCAAACCUCUCUGCAACAGGAAACUAUACCUCGAAAAUAACCAACGUUUCGGAUAUUCUUGCAGUCUAGAGAGACAUACAACUGACUUGUAGUAGUUGAUCGCUUGCGAUCUACUGCAAAAAUGAAUCUGCUUUAGGAUUUAAAGGAUGGAAGAUCUGUCGUUUUUAUAUUUAACCCUUUGCAUUCCAUGAUCUGCAAACAAUCGAGCAGAAGAUGAUGCGCCAGGUUGCCAGCAACACUAACGACUACUGUAUGAGCGGCAGACCGUCGUGCCUAGCUGAAGACGGUCGACACCCCACCAGUCACUUUGACCUAUGCACCUCACAGUCGAACAAAUUCUACCCCCCUCCUCCCCCUCCCCCCUUGCAAAUGCCCCUGCCUCCACUUCCACCCCCGCCACAGAACCCCCUAAAGCCCAUGUCCUGCCAAAGGCAAGAUGUCCGAAACGAACCCCUUCCCCAAGCGGGCGGGGUCAAAAACAAUGAGAAGCCUGAGGACUCCAAGAAAAAGAAAGGCACAGGAAGAUCCGGCAGAAGAGGAAGGCCUUCCGGGACCACUAAGUCCGCAGGCUACAGAACCAGCACUGGGCGGCCGCUAGGCACCACCAAGGCGGCGGGUUUCAAAACGAGUCCAGGAAGGCCUCUGGGCACGACCAAGGCUGCAGGCUACAAGGUCAGUCCAGGCCGGCCCCCUGGCAGCAUCAAGACCCUCUCUCGCCUCACCAAACUGGGCUAUGGUACAUGCAGCGGUGCGGCCUUCCCAUACACCAUGAUGCACAAGAGAGGUUUGUGCGAAUCCACUGGCAAAGAGAAGGAAACUAAUGAGUAAAGUUCCGCUUUCCUAUCUAUCACAUUGCUUGUGAGGAGUAAAGAUUUGAGUGCAUGUCCCAAGUGCUGUCGGUUAGAGAGUGUGUUGUAAUAUUUCCAAAACUCUUGUGAGGA